UGAAAUGAUAAUAGCUUGAACUCAUAGGUCAUAGGUUUAAAUCUAGGUCAUGAUGAUUGGUAUACAUGUUUAUUUAGUUUUAUUUUAAUGUAAUUAAUAACUUAAAAUGUUAAAAUCAUAAAUGACAUGGAAAAUGUGGAGCUUUCUUUGUCCUAUGUGGCAAAAAAUUUCUCCACAACGACCAUAAUAUAAGUAAAAUAAACAAGGUUUCAUACAAUGGCCGCACUUUAAUCUAGAAGUGGCCAUAUCGGGUGGACGGAUGGGGAAGGCGGGCUUAGGCUUUAUAUAAUUACUCAAUGAGCUUGAACCGGUUAACAAGGAAAAGAGGAAGGGAGACCGGAGUGGGCCUCCACCUAGAGUAGAAAGAAAGAUGGAGUAAUAAAGGAGAUCGAGAUGCUCGAUGUUCUCUCCUAGGGAUGAUGGAUGCCAUUACUGUGGAACUUUUGGCGGUCCGGUAUGCUUUGUUACUCCUUUGCCGUUGGGGAUGACAUGAUCGUCCAGUUUUUGUUGCCGACGAUGCUCAAGUAAUGUUGGAUAGGUUGAGGUCCCACAAUCCUCAUGAUGCUCGUUGUGGCGCCAUUUACCGUGAAGUGCUUGAUCUCAUUAGCCAUCUUCCCUUAGUUCAUUUUGCUUAUACACCUCGAGAAGUGAAUCAGGCUGCCCAUUGUGUGGUGCGCAAUGCCCUAUGUUAUCCGGUAUUAGUAAUCUCUUUUAUGAUUAUUCGUACAUGGUCUAUCUUUGAGUCCGUGUAGGGCCGUAAUUGUUGUGGUUCCACACGCUAUUCUGGUUAAUCCGCAAGGAUUUCUAUGACAAAAAAAAAAAGAGAUCGAGAUGGGUUUAUUUUAUUCCUUGGGUCGGACUGCUAGCCCUCUCUACCGUGGCCCACGAUGGGCUUAAAAGGAAUAAGAGGAAGUCGGGCCAUUGAUAUAGCAUGGUCCAUGAAACCGUACCAUACCGGCGGUUUAACCACGAAAUACAAAUAUUGGAGGCUAAAUUGGUAGGUGGUAUUUAACGGUAAGAACGGUUGAAUUACGGCUAAAUCACGGUUUUACCAUAAAAUACCCUACCGCUGACUUUCCGGUGCGGUAUCCGGCAUGGUUUCAUGGACCAUGUGAUAUAGCCCAGAUGAAAAGAGAGCUUGCACGUUGUUUCGUACCUACUUUGUGUUAGAAAGUAGUUAGAUAUCAAAUAGGGUUAUAGGUAUAAUAUGCCUCUCUACUAUGUCGUUUUAUCAAACAUGUCCCUCUACUAUUUUUUACAUCAAACAUGCUCCUCUACUAUUUUUUUACAUCAAACAUGCCCCUAUACUUUAGAAAAAUGAUCAAACAUACCAUUUUGUUAAUAUUUUCAUCCAAAAACAGUCAACCACGGUCGUACCUUGGUUUGGGCGACACAAAUGUCUAAAAUAUCCCUGGUAAUUUCACUUUAGAAUUUUUUGGAUUCUUUUGUAGAGCCAAUUACCUCUAAUAAUUUCAUUUUAACGAGACCUAGAAAAAUAAAAUAGGGUACAAAACUGGUAAUUUCACUUUAACGAGCCAAUUACCUCAAAUCCCAAUACUUGUCUAUUUUCUAUACAAAAUAACAUGCUUAAGUUAAGGGUAGACAAAUCUCAGAAGCUGGGCUGAUUGCUUUUGAACUUCUCGAUAGCCGUAAGAGAAGUAGAAAGGCGGGUCUUAUGUUUAAACUUGACAUCGAGAAGGCAUUUGACAACGUGAGCUAGGGCUGCCUAUUUAAGGCCUUGUAUGUGUUGGGUUUUCCUUAGAAAUAGCAUUCGUGGCUUCGCGGGGUCAUGUGCUCCCCAGUUAUCUCGAUUUUAAUCAAUGAUGAAGCGAAAGGGUUCUUCAAUUCGCAGAAGGGGCUCCGGCAAGGCGAUCCGCUUUCUCCUUGUCUUUUUACCCUCAUCAUGGAUGUGCUCUCUUUCAUGUUGGAGAAGAUGUGCAUGGCUGGUAACAUCUCUGGUUUCUGUAUGGAUGAGACUAACAUGGUGGGAGAAGUGACUCACCUUCUUUUUGCUGACGACACGUUAAUUUUUUGUGAAGCCUCUUAUGAUCAGGUCUUGAACAUUCUUGCUGCCCUUGUAUGUUUUCAAGCUGUUACAGGUCUUAAGAUCAACAUCGAGAAAUCAGUGAUGAUCACUAUCGGUGAUGUACCAAACCCUGAAUUUUUCGCCGCUGUAUUUGGUUGUAAGUGGAGCAAAGAGCCGUCAAAUUAUCUCGGGUUCCCUCUUGGUGCUAAAGUGAAUGCAAUAUCGACUUGGGACCCGGUUAUUAGCAAAUUUCAGAAGCGGCUCGAGGGGUGGAGAGGUCGCUACUUAUCUCUUGGAGGGAGGCUGGUUCUUAAUAAGGCUAUUUUGUCUGGGCAGCCAGUUUACUCGUUCUCCCUUCUACGUGCUCCUGCAGCUGUGGUUAAUAGGACAGAGUAUACAGAGAAGGUUUGUGUGGAGUGGUACAGGAGACAAGGCUAAAAGUCCCCUGGUUAAUUGGGAUUUGUGUAAAGCAUCGAAGUUCAAUGGAGGUAUGUGGAUUAGAGACAUCAGUUGUUUCAACAGGGCCCUGCUUUCGAAAUGGUUGUGGAAAUUCUCCGUUGAAAGAGGAAGUUGGUGGAGCGAAUUGAUUGCAGUGAAAUAUCCGUCUGGAGUUUCGGGUUGGCAAAGCCAGCGCUGUCGGGGUGGGUUUGGUGGAUCAGUUUGGCGAAUAUUACGAAAGGGUAUAAUAGCUUUCAUUCCGAGCAAGAUCUGUGCUUUCUUGUGGUUAGUAGCUCACAAGAGAGUGUUGACGCUGGACAAUCUGCAAAAAAGAGGUUUGGUGCUGGCCAACAGGUGUGUUCUUUGCGGCAGACAAGAGGAAUCGGUUGACCAUCUGUUCAUUCAUUGCGCGUUCACUAUAAGUGUUUGGAAGGAGGUUGCUAUGGCUUGCCGAGGUAUUAGUCUUCCGAGCGGUGAUGUUGCGGGUACUAUCAACAGGUGGAACAUGGCUUGUCUGAGCAACAUCAACGAGUGGAUUGUUGCCUGUAUCUUUCAUGGUGUUUGCUGGCAAGUAUGGCUCGAGUGGAACCAGCGUACCUUCAACGACAUCAUUCAUAGUACCAGCUAUGUGUUCCAGAGAGCAAUCAGGUCGGCGGUCGAGUGGAUUGUCGCUCAUGGGAAAGUCAGCAAAGCGCAGGGAGUUGAAUGGCUCUCUGAGCAUCUAGGGCGUCGGACUAAUUAGUAGGACGAGUUAUUUCUUUUGUUUGGGCGUAUGUUUUGCGUUGAGUUGGAUGUUUCUGUUUCUUGAUUUGUCGGGUUUUCUGGGCAGGCAGUGGUGGGUUCCCCUGCCUUGCGAAGAAAGCUACAAGCCUCGCCCCGAGAGUGUGGUGGAUCCGCUCUCGGAGGCAUCCCGACCCAAGUCGUGAUCAAUCCCCAACCGUCAAGCUAAUAACGAUAAAUUAACGCUUGUUGGGAGGCAACCCAUCGAAAGUUUGUUUUCUUUUCCUUAUUUUUUCGUUUUAAGUGUCUUGUGAAGAGUUCAAGUGGUCAAGUUGUGUCCCCGUUCGAAGUUUGUGGUUUUGCGAUUUAUGUUUGUGUUGUGAUCAAUAAGGAGGCAUGGAGGAAUAGGUUGAGUCAAAAUUUUAUCAGAAGUGCCCUGUUUUCACUAAUGUUCAUGGGUGGAUUGCUGAGUUCACGGUCUUACAAGACCGUGAACAUGCAAACGCGUCCGUGAACUGGCCAUUUGUGCAUGAUCACCACCUGUCGACCACUCCGUGUUCACGGACGCAUUUGAGAGUUCACGACCGCUAAAUCCGUGAACUGCGCAACGCGUCCGUGAACUCCGAGUCAUGCCUAUAAAAGGGGCGUGAACGG